AGCUCUGGGCGCUGGCUCCUUCCCCUCAGUGCCUCAGAGGAGGGGACGCAGCACCAUGGCCCCCCGCGAGACUCCUGUCCGCCAGAUCUGCUGCUGCUUUAAUGUCAGGAUCGCCACCACCGCCCUGGCCAUCUACCAUGUGGUCAUGAGUGUCCUGCUGUUCAUCGAGCAUGCAGUGGAGGUGGCCCACGGCAAGGCGCCCUGCAGGCUGUCCAGGACUCUCUACCUCCAGAUCGCGGACCUGGUCUCCAGCUUCCUGCUCAUCACCAUGCUGUUCAUCAUCAGCCUGAGCCUGCUGGUUGGGGUGAUCAAGAACCGGGAGAAGCUCCUGCUGCCCUUCCUGUCCCUACAAAUCAUGGACUUCUUGCUGUGCCUGCUCACCCUGCUGGGCUCCUACAUUGAGCUGCCUGCCUACCUCAAGUUUGCCUCCCGGACUCGGCCGGGUCCCUCCAAGGUCCCCUUGAUGACCCUGCAGCUGCUGGACUUCUUCCUCAGCAUCCUGACCCUCUGCAGCUCCUACAUGGAAGUGCCCACCUAUCUCAACUUCAAGUCCAUGAACCACAUGAAUUACCUCCCGAGCCAGGAGGGCAUGGGCCACAGUCAGUUCGUCAAGAUGAUGCUCAUCUUCUCCAUCGCCUUCAUUAGCGUCCUCAUCCUGAAGGUCUACAUGUUCAAGUGCGUGUGGAGGUGCUAUCAGUUCAUGAAGUACGUGAACUUGGCUGCAGAGAGGAGCGACUCCAAGCCGCCCCCCAAGGUGGUCCUGCCAUCCUACGAGGAAGCCGUCUCCCUGCCCUCCAAGUCUCCUGAGGGUGGCCUGGCGCCACCCCCAUACUCAGAGGUGUGACCCUUGCCAGGACCCCCAGCCCUGGUGCUGGGAGGGGCAGAGCUGCCUUGUAAUCUGCUUCUUCGCUUUGGGGGCUCCCAUGGCCCCCGGCUGACUUCCGGACAGUCUGCUUGUGUCCCCUCCCUGUCCUGCUCCUUACUCGGGGCCUAGGGGAUUCAGACUGGGCCAUCCCUUGGGCUGGAAGUUUGCUUGGGUCUCAGAUCCAGCCCGACUCGCUUAUUUCCAUCAGCAUCUCUUCCUCAGAGGAUUGAUCAUUCUAAAUUGAUGAAUUCAGUUCAACAACCAUCAACCUGAUCAGUUUCACUGAGCAACUGCCAAAUCAAAAAGGCGGAUCAGUAAAAUACUUUGGCCAAA